UUUUGCUCGGGCGGGCAGUCCGCGCCCGCGCGCUCCACCGCCCGACGCUCGCCUCCUCGCUCUAAAGAGCUCCGCCGCGCUCCAUCAUCUUCGAUCGCGCGCGAUCUCCACCAACUCACUCACACCAUCCCAAAGACCUCCGCCAAAGAAUUGUUCAAUCGCGACGACUCCUCAUAAAACUUACUAACAGUUCCCAUAACUUGGUGCGCCCUAACUACCUGUGAACUGAUCAAACCUGGACCACCCAGGUGUGCUGGUGAACGUCCUCCGCCUCCACGUGGCUCUGGAAUCGAUAGCCCCACCUCUUCGUCUCAUCCUUCUCAAGGUCACUAGGGGAGUUUGAAAGGGGUAGCCGGGAAUCAUCGCGCCAAUGAAGCGACGGCGCCCGGCGCCAUGAGCUAGCGGCAUGGGUGGCGAGGGGGCGGGCCGCGGCGCCGCGCGCUGGCACGUGGGCGACUCGCCCCCGCGCGCGCCCAUGGGCUUCGCGGCGCCGCCGGACGCGCUGCUCGACCGCGGGCUCGCGCCGGCGCCCGCGCCCGCGCCGGCGCCUGUCCCAGCCGCGGCGGGCAAUGCGGCCGCGCUGCAGCGGGCGCAUUCCAGAUCAAUGUCGUCCCUACCGCCGGAGCCGUUUAUGAUGCUCCGCGCGAAGGCGCUGAGCAAGCGGGUGAUCAUCAACGUGGGCGGCGUCCGGCACGAGGUGUUGUGGCGGACGCUGGAGCGGCUGCCCCAUACGAGGCUCGGGCGUCUGAGAGACUGCAACACACACGAGGCCAUCACGGAGCUGUGCGACGACUACUCGCUGCAAGACAACGAGUACUUCUUCGAUAGGCACCCGAAAAGCUUCAGUUCAAUAUUGAACUUCUACCGCACUGGAAAAUUGCAUUUAGUGGACGAAAUGUGCGUUUUGGCGUUCAGCGANGUCGUGCUCCUGCUGUGA